AUGGAACCAGAGCCAUCCCCUGCCGCUCUCCUUGAGGCUAUCACAGCCCUCACAGCCACAGCUGGGUCCCUGCAGGACCAAAUCCGCGCCCAGAGCCAACAAAUCACCAAGCUUAGGGCCAUAUGCAAGGAAACAGCAGACCUCCUUGGGGAUAAGGAUCAAGGAGCCCCCCAAACCCAGCCUGGCCCAUCAAUUGGGCCUAUCACCCCUCCUACCCACUCAGGAGGGGAAGUCCACACUCCAGGCACGGUUAGGCCUGGACUCAAGGCCCCGUUUUGCCCCUCUAGAGGAACGGGUUAUGACUCAGAAGAGGAAGAACCCAAGCAAGCCCCAAAGAAAGAGCCUUGCGGAACGCCUAGGAGCUUAAGCUCACUCACCCUGUUCGAUUCAGGGUCCAGCGUAAAGCGGCCCAAAAUGGAACCCCAACCCAUAUAA